CAUCAAUGCCCGACCUCACUAAUGCUCUUGUGGCUGAAUGGAAGCAAAUCCCCGCAGCAAUGUUCCACCAUCUAGCGGAAAGCCCAGAAGAUUGGAGGGGGACAAAAGGGGGGACCUACUCCAGAGUAAUGAACAUGAUUUUGGAAUGAGAUGUUCGACGAGCAGGUAUCCACAUACUUUUGGUCAUGUAGUGUAUGAGAUGGGAUUUGUUGCAUCCCAAAUGGCACCCUAUUUACUAGUAGCCUACACUACUUUAGAACAGAGCCCUAUGGGCCCUGGGUGGCAUUUGGGAUUCAUUUGAUGUGUUAUUGUGUUGUGAAUCUGUUCCAGGAUAAUUUUUGAUGGGGGGCUGCCGUGGAUCAGCUUCUCCUUGGUGCCUCUGUUCGUGGACGGGAUGCUGGCAGAGGCCGGGACAGAGAACCAGAUCAUGACGGCGAGCCGUGUGUGAUGGGCCAGAAACAGAAAAUAUGAAACACAGACUAGGAAACUAUUGCAUGCUGGGAAAAGACUACACCGAAGUCCUCUCUGCUGAGUCGAGUAUCUGUUGGGCCCAGGACUUUGAAUGUGAUUAUGGUUAUGAACGGCGUAGAGAAGGGAACUGUCUACCAGCGUUCUGGUUCAACCCAGCUGUUGUAUCAAGGAGCUGCAGCCAAGGACAGAAGUACCUCAUCAGCACAGGGUACCGAAAAGUGGUGUCCAACAACUGCAUCAAGGGAGUCAAGGACAUGUACACACCCAGGAAGCAGAUGUGUCCCAACAGGGCUCCAAAAGGCCUUUCUCUCUCCACCAGAGAGGGCAAGCUUACUGCCGACCUGCACACCAACGUCACCUUCCUAGUGCAUCUGGAUGAGGUAGGGCUGGGCCAAAAGCCAAAAUGGCUUCCGUUUUGUAUAUCAUUAUUCUGGGCCUAGGAGCCCAAAUGGACGCCUUUUGUUUCCAUUACUGUUAUGAGUUGCAUUGAUUUUUACCUUAUAAGCCAUGGAAUUAAAAUCUAUGUGUUUUGUGUAUUCAUGCAUAGUUGUAAAAGUAGCCCUUGCAUGUGGUGCACAACUCACUCCCUG